AGUAUUGAUACAAACACCGUGACGAGAAGGUCAGGAGCAAAAGAGCAUCCUCUCGAUCAGAUUCGAUUCGAUUCGAUAAACGACUUUGUCAAAUACUCGCGAUGUUCAAACUCUUGACUGUUUUUUCGGCUGGCUUCUUGGCCAUCGCCGUCGCAGCCCCGGCAUCUCAGCAGGAAGCUGUUACCGAAACUACCGGGUCACUUAUCGGUGAUGCUCUUCAAGUGUACUCUUCUUGUGCCGACCAAGACCUGACGGUCUGUCUGAAGCUCAAGGCCCUGCGAUUCGUCGAUCGUGCCGCUAGAUCCGCCGACCUCGUCAUCGGUGACGGUCUUCGGAUUGUACAGACUGACGAAGCUAAGGCCGACAGCCGCGCAAACUCCGGCCGAUCUCUGAACGACAUCGAAGCAUCUCUUCCUCAGGAAGCCGAGGCGAAAGAAGCUGCCAUCGACGAAGCCCUACUAGAACGUGCUGGGAAGUUCCUCGCCAGCCAUACCGUCGAACUCUCAGUUCCCGAAGAAGUUUCUCGCUCAUUCGACGAGGCUCGUGGUAAGAAAAAGAAAAUCGUCAAAUCCCUGCUGCCAAUCCUUCUGCUGUUGAAACUGAAGGCUGCUGCUUUGAUCCCAAUCGCUCUCGGCGCUCUUGCCUUGUUGGCAUUCAAGGCCUUGAUCAUCAGCAAGAUCGCUCUGGUUCUCAGCGGAAUUAUUGCCCUCAAGAAGCUCCUGGGGCAGAAACAGUCCAGCAGCUACGAAGUGGUGGCUCACCCAGUCCACUCGUACGAAGACUCUCACCACGACCACCACGGCUGGUCCAGCAGGUCCGCAGGUUCCGACCUGGCUUACAGUGCUUACAAGCCCGAGAACUAAUUCAAAGAAAGCGACGAUAAAUAAACUUCAUCAAGAUUUCACUAAUAUAAAUCGAAAAAUCAUCACAGAGCUGAAAUGCCCGAUGAAAAAUAACUACAUAUCGCGGAUCGUCACAUCCACGUUCAACGACGUAGGUGCAUCAAAUUAUGAUUAUAUUUUGCAUCGUUUAAUUAUCUAAAUCGGACUAUUAAUGCGCUAUUUUGACGACUUAAGACGACCGCACCGUACGACUUAAGACGAGACAAUUACGAUGACGGUAAUUGAGACUUUUACGACGCUCAGACGAUACCUAGAGACCACAAAAUAAUCACACAGACACAUACCUGCGGAUGCUCAAUCACGGUAUCCAUGUUUAAGUACAAAAAAAAACAAUUAUAUUUUUCGAGGCAUUUCUAUGUAUAGUUUUCAUAGCGAUUAUAACUCGCGAAAGUCACGCUUGCAUGCAUAUAUUACACUCAUAUACAGGCAAGUGACGAAAUUUCUUGAUUCUGAGGAUACUUAAAACGGGUAGACAGCAUUUGCUGUCAGACUUCGUAUGAAAAAAAAAAAUACCUCUAAACAUGACGACUUGUACUCAAC